CCUUUGACCCGGAAACAGCCUAUGGACCAUGUGACCUGGCAGUGUUUACUAAAACAGCAAAUCCUUAUAUCUAUAGCGGUGUAUUGCAGCGGAGGGAAGAAUUGAUUGUUAGUAAAGAAGGUGGGAUCGCCAUGGAGCCUCCAAGAGACAAUUCAACAACAUGGUAUCCUAGUUCCAUACGGCUGCACACCGACAAUAUGUCAGUGUCAACUACCAGUACUCAUCCAAACAUCGACAAAUCAGAGUACCUCGACGGACUAAGCAAUGAGGAGGCAACAAAGCUACUUCCGGUUAUAGUGUACCUUGGGAUACUGAUGAUCGUUGGCCUAGUGGGUAAUUGUCUGGUCUUGUACGUCCACUUCCGGAAGUUCAACCCAAGUACUACCAGAACGUACGUCGUGUCGCUGGCGUUCUUUGACCUCCUUAGCUGCCUCUUCUCAGUGCCUGGGGAAAUAGUAGACUUAAGGUUUUCCUUCACGUUUGAAGCUGUGGCACUAUGUAAAGCAGAACGGUUCUGUACCACCUUCUCCUCCUUGGCAUCCGGUUUCACGCUGAUGGCGGUUGCUGUCGACCGUUACAGACGCAUCUGUCACCCUUUGAAACAGCAGCUACAGACAAAUGGGGCCCGGAAGGUCGUACUUGGGGCAUGUCUCCUCUCAGUUCUCUUCUCAUGGCCCGUUAGCGUCAUCUACGGCAAGAGGUCUGUUGACACGGAGUAUCAAGCUAUCAAAGGGAUUGAAUGUUCCACGGACGAUGAAUACAGAGUUACAAAGUAUCCAACGAUAUACAAUGCGUCCCUGUUCCUUAUAUUCAUCAUAUCCUUCGGUACCAUGAUAGCUGUCUACACCCUCAUCGGGAGGAAAGUCUUGCAGCAGAAGAAAUUCAGAAAGCAUUCUACGAGCAAAAGUCUUCAACGGUCGCGAAGUCUUUCCGGAAGCGACAAAAUGCCAGUUUCACCUUCAUCACAGAGAUCUCCGCCUGAAAUGGACAGACCCUCCUAUGACGAAGGUCCGUCGGAGUAUUCCAUCGCGUCCAUAGAUCCCCAUGCCAAGGAUGUCAGUCUGAGCCGGAAACCCUCCUUCAUGAAGCGUAUCCAAAAGGGGGCCCAGGAUUCCAGGAGCAAGAAGACCACUUUCAUGCUGUUCCUCAUCACGAUGGUGUUUGUUCUGAGUUUCCUCCCUCACCUCAUCCUAAAGGGAGUCCAGGCGGCCAAGAAAACCUUCCUAGGUGACGCCAGCACCGCGGCCCUCAUCUUCUACAACAUCUUUGUGCGAUCCUACUUCCUCAACAGCAUCUCAAAUGCCUUCAUCUACGGGUUCUGUAGUCCACGCUUCAGGAAAGAAUCCAAAGCUCUCUUUCGAGCAUUGAUUUGCCAGAAGAGAUGCGCCUCGCUGUCUAUCUCAAAACCCAAGGUGUGAGUGAUUUGAUGUAAGAAAGUGCGGGAAAUGACGGUAUGAAAACGGCGAGAGUACACUUGGGUGAAUCACCGGGUGUAUAUGAACACAGCUACAUGGUCAUGUCACUGGUGAUAGAACAGAUAUACAGGUGUCCAUGGCAGGUGUUAGAACAGAUAUACAGGUGUGCAUGACAGGUGUUAGAAGAACAGAUAUACAGGUGUGCAUGACAGGUGUUAGAACAGAUAUACAGGUGUGCGUGGCAGGUGUUAGAACAGAUAUACAGGUGUGCGUGGCAGGUGUUAGAACAGAUAUACAAGUGCGCAUGGCAUGUGUUAGAACGGAUAUACAGGUGUGCGUCGCAGGUGUUAGGACAGAUAUACAAGUUCGCAUGGCAUGUGUUAGAACGGAUAUACAGGUGUGCGUGGCAGGUGUUAGGACAGAUAUACAAGUUCGCAUGGCAUGUGUUAGAACGGAUAUACAGGUGUCCAUGGCAGGUGUUAGAACAGAUAUACCAUGGCAGGUGUUAGAACCGAUAUACUUAUAUUCCACGGCAGGUGUUAGAACAGAUGUGCAGAUAUGAAUGGCUGCUGUUCAAAUAUUAUGGUUUGCUUGAUAUGAGCUAGAACUGAUUCUGGUGUGCAUUUGUGCAUGGCGAUUGUUAGAGCAGAUACACACGCAGGUUCGUGCAACAAGACGUACAUGGCCACGUCACAAUUGAUGUGCAGGUCACAUUGACAGUCAGAAUAUUGUGAAUGAAUACGAUUACCAUUUUUAUGGAGUGUGUCAAGUGUGUGGAUAGUGUUCACUGUUCUGUAUGACAACAUGGGGGAGUGCAGUAUGUUUGGACAACGUUCUGUAUGACAACAUAGGGGAGUGCACUGUAUGGCAACAUAGGGGAGUGCACUGUAUGUUGAUAGUGGUCUGUAUGACAACAUGGGGGAGUGCACUGUAUGUUAAUAGUGGUCUGUAUGACAACAUGGGGGAGUGAACUGUAUGUUAAUAGUGGUCUGUAUUACAAAAUGGGGAGUGCACUGUAUGGCAACACGGGGGAGUGCACUGUAUGUUAAUAGUGGUCUGUAUGACAACAUGGGGGAGUGAACUGUAUGUUAAUAGUGGUCUGUAUGACAACAUGGUGAGUGCACUGUAUGUUAAUAGUGGUGUGUAUGACAACAUGGGGAGUGCACUGUAUGUAGAUAGGGGUCUGGAUGACAAUAUUGGGGAGUGCAGUGUGUGUUGACAACGUUCUUUAUGACAACAUGGAUCAGUGCACUGUAUGUAGAUAGUGGUCUGGAUGACAACAUGGGGCACUGUACUGUGUGUGGACAAUGUUCUGUAUGGCAACAUGGAGAAGUGCACUGUAUGUAGAUAGUGUUCUGUAUGACAACAUUUCGGAGUGCACUGUAUGUAGAUAGUGUUCUGUAUGACAACAUUUCGGAGUGCACUGUAUGUAGAUAGUGUUCUGGAUGACAACAUGGGGCACUGUACUGUGUGUGGACAAUGUUCUGUAUGACAACAUGGGGGAGUGCACUGUAUGACAACAUGGGAGAGAGCAUUGUAUGUACAUAGUGGUCUGGAUGACAACAUGAAACAGUGUAGUGUCUGUGGACAAUGUUCUGUAUGACAACAUUUCGCAGUGCACUGUAUGACAACAUGGAUCAGUGCACUGUAUGUAGAUAGUGUUCUCUAUGACAACAUGGAUCAGUGCACUGUAUGUAGAUAGUGUUCUCUAUGACAACAUGGAUCAGUGCACUGUAUGUAGAUAGUGGUCUGUAUGACAACAUGGAUCAGUGCACUGUAUGUAGAUAGUGGUGUGUAUGACAACAUGGAUCAGUGCACUGUAUGUAGAUAGUGGUGUGUAUGACAACAUGGAUCAGUGCACUGUAUGUAGAUAGUGGUCUGUAUGACAACAUGGAUCAGUGCACUGUAUGUAGAUAGUGGUGUGUAUGACAACAUGGAUCAGUGCACUGUAUGUAGAUAGUGUUCUAUAUGACAACAUGGAGAGUGCACUGUAUGUAGAUAGUGGUGUGUAUGACAACAUAGAUCAGUGCACUGUGUGUUGAUAGUGUUCUCUGUGACAACAUGGGACUUUACUGUGAGUGGACAGUGUUAAGUGUAACGCGAUUGGAAAAUAUACAGGUUUCAUUGCAACCUCUGUACAGUAUUCAUUAUUGGACGACCUUGAUCAACAAUGGCUUUUGUCCAGGGAAAGUUGUGCUUCAUCUGUGACUCACCGCAUAUAUAACAUCUGCUCUGACUGGAGGAAGUUGGGAAUUGCACACACACUCAAUAACACAAGGAAAUUCCGUCUGUGUUUCAAAUCACCGGAUUGUCUUCUCUCAGACAGGAGGACUUACAAUUUCCUUUAAUUUCAGGGAAGCAGCUACCAUUUCCGAUUCCGUGUCAUGUCGGCACAGGUACUACAGAAUUGUUCACCAAUUUCCUACAGUCCUGACCAUUGCCAGGCGUACAUUCCUGUACACCGUCUUUAUGUUUGGUACAGCAAUGAAUGAAGACAGGUACUUUAGCUACUGUUGGACUUGCGGCGAUAACCACACAAGGGAUAUCAUAUUAAGUUCAUGUUGUAUUCCAAACCAGGAUCGAAUCAACAUACAUCUGUUUCUGCUAUGAUGAUUAAUACGAAGCAUAAUUCGACCUCACAGUGUUCAACAGUUACUUCAUGUGGGUUUCCCGCCUCUGGGGUGUGAAAGAAGUUUGUAUCUCAGGUGAAUCACGCUUAAAAGUUAAGUAACGAUAGCACGUGGAACGGAAACCAGUGAAAUAGAAAAUAUUUUAUUUGUUCAUCUCUGAUUUAGUUCGCAUGUAUUCAAGAGAUAAAUCUUUGAGUCUCAAUUUUCUGAAUGUUAUUUUCAAUGUAAUACUUUUUCAAUACACAUUUGUAACAUCAAUUCCUCAUUUAAUUUUGUGUCAAAUAAAACCUCAUCUUUGUUAA